AUGACUGGAUUGAGGAUAUCCGUAUUGAAAGUGCAUUGGCUUCAUGCCUUGCGGAUGACUUCUUAUGGGUUUCUUUUCUAUGGCCCUGGUUCAUAUCCGUGGUAUAAGUAUCUGGAUCAUUAUUUGCCACAUCAGACAGCACAAAACCUAAUGCUGACGGUUUUAUUAAACCAGAUAGUGCUUGGUCCAUGUGUGAUUGCUGUUGUCUUUGCAUGGAACAAUUUAUGGCUAGGGAAGCUCUCACAGCUCCCAAAUAAAUAUCAGAAGGAUGCUCUUCCAACACUAUUUUAUGGAUUUAGGUUUUGGAUCCCUGUCAGCAUGUUGAACUUUUGGGUGGUCCCUCUUCAAGCCCGUGUAGCUUUCAUGGCCACAGGAUCCAUUUUUUGGAACUUUUUCUUGUCAUCAACCACUACAACAAAAAUGAUCUUUUAA